CGGAUCUCAUCUCAUCUCGGCCGGUCUUCGAUCCCCAAACCCCCCCGCCCCGCCGGAGUCCCCCCUGCUCCGACGAGCCUCGCCGCGCCGCGCCGAUGGCUGUGGAGGGCCGCCGCCGCGUGCCGCUGCCGCUGCCGCCGCCGACGAGGCGGGGGAAGCAGCAGCAGCAGCAGGGGGGGGAGAGGGCGAGGAGGGUGCAGGCCGGGGACGCGCUCCCGCUGCCGAUCCGGCACACGAACCUCAUCUUCUCGGCGCUGUUCGCGGCGUCGCUGGCCUACCUGAUGCGGCGGUGGCGGGAGAAGAUCCGCACGUCGACGCCGCUCCACGUGGUGGGGCUCGCCGAGAUCCUCGCCAUCUGCGGCCUCGUCGCCUCGCUCAUCUACCUCCUCAGCUUCUUCGGCAUCGCGUUCGUGCAGUCCGUCGUCUCCAACAGCGACGAUGAGGAGGAGGAGGAGGACUUCCUGAUCGACUCCCGCGCCGCGGGCCCCGUCGCCGCGCAGGCUACCCCUCCGCCGGCGCCGGCGCCGUUCUCGCUGCUGGGGAGCGCCUGCGCCGCCCCGAAGAAAAUGCCGGAGGAGGACGAGGAAAUCGUGGCCGAGGUCGUGGCGGGGAAGAUCCCGUCGUACGUGCUGGAGACCAGGCUGGGCGACUGCCGCCGCGCCGCCGGGAUCCGGCGCGAGGCGCUGCGGCGGACCACGGGGAGGGAGAUCAGGGGCCUCCCCCUCGACGGCUUCGACUACGCCUCCAUCCUCGGCCAGUGCUGCGAGCUCCCCGUGGGCUACGUGCAGCUGCCGGUGGGCGUCGCCGGCCCGCUCGUGCUCGACGGCGAGCGGUUCUACGUCCCGAUGGCCACCACCGAGGGCUGCCUCGUCGCCAGCACGAACCGCGGGUGCAAGGCCAUCGCCGAGUCUGGCGGUGCCACCAGCGUCGUGCUCCAGGACGGGAUGACGCGCGCCCCCGUCGCCCGCUUCCCCUCCGCGCGCCGCGCCGCCGAGCUCAAGGGCUUCUUGGAGAACCCGGCCAACUUCGAUACUCUUGCCAUGGUCUUCAAUAGAUCGAGCAGAUUCGCUAGGCUGCAGAGAGUGAAGUGCGCGGUGGCCGGGAGGAACCUCUACAUGCGGUUCAGCUGCAGCACAGGGGAUGCCAUGGGGAUGAACAUGGUGUCCAAGGGCGUCCAGAACGUGCUGGACUACCUUCAGGAUGACUUCCCUGACAUGGAUGUCAUCAGCAUAUCAGGUAACUUCUGUUCUGACAAAAAGUCAGCUGCUGUAAAUUGGAUUGAGGGACGUGGAAAGUCUGUGGUUUGUGAGGCAGUAAUCAAAGAGGAAGUUGUGAAAAAGGUUCUCAAGACCAACGUUCAGUCACUAGUAGAAUUGAACGUCAUCAAGAACCUUGCUGGUUCAGCUGUUGCUGGAGCUUUGGGUGGCUUCAAUGCCCAUGCUAGCAACAUUGUAACAGCCAUCUUUAUUGCCACCGGUCAGGAUCCUGCACAGAAUGUGGAAAGCUCCCAGUGCAUCACAAUGUUGGAAGCUGUAAAUGAUGGCAAAGAUCUUCAUAUCUCUGUUACUAUGCCAUCAAUUGAGGUGGGCACGGUUGGUGGAGGCACACAGCUGGCCUCACAGUCUGCUUGCUUGGACCUACUUGGCGUGAAGGGCGCAAACAGGGAAUCCCCAGGAUCAAAUGCGAGGCUCCUGGCCGCCGUUGUGGCUGGCGCUGUCCUUGCUGGGGAGUUGUCCCUCAUCUCUGCUCAAGCUGCAGGCCAUUUGGUCCAGAGCCACAUGAAAUACAACAGAUCCAGCAAAGAUAUGUCCAAGGUCGCCUCUUGAGCGUAUCAUUUGGAUCAUUGCCGAGGAAAUGGACAAAACCCCGUAAUGUUAACUACUGUCUAAUUGUCUUCUUGUACCCGCUGGAGAGAGACUGGAAGUGGACACCCAAGAGCUUCACAUGCUGAUUCCAUGUGGCAUGCUCGAGGUAAAAAAAAAAAAGGAAGAAAAAAAAGAGACAAACCCAUCAGGCUAACGGGUGUCUACUCAGUAGAGUUGAGUGGCCAUAUUUACCAGGCGGAGGAUGCCGUUGGUGGUGUAUGUGGCCUAUUCGUUUAUUGAUGUUUAUUAUUGCUCUUCUACAAAGUCGCUAACUCCGGACGAUGGGCAUUCUUCUAUCACUGGGUUCUGUGUCCAAAGCAAGCUUGCAUUACAGUUCACAACCCUUCCUUGGGCGCGUCGUCGGCAGCUGCUGGAUCUUUCUGUCAGUUACUGCCUCGAGAUGCUUGUAUUACAGUUUCAGCUUUGUAACUAGCCAAUUAGUUUUUUCGUCUAAUCUUUUUUUAUUUUAAUCUUGCCCUGGUGAUAGUCGGUGAUGUUCCUGUAAAAAAAUGUUGUGGUUCAGGGUGGUUAUUUAUAAUUCGUGUUGGUGGUGAUGCAACUGUAUGGGUAGAGUUUUAUGUUGUUUCCCUUAAUAAAUUUUCUUUUACCAAAUGCUUAUCCUUUUUACUGG